AGGGGUCAAAAUACAGUGCAGGACGGGUCAAGGCUGAUUUGGCAGCAAAAGGGGGACAAGCACUAUAUUAGGCAGGUGGUCAUAAUGUUAUGCCUGUUUGGUUUAUAUUUGUUUGUAUUAACUGAUCCAAGAUCCAAGAUGGCGCCGGUGAGAAACCAUAGAGGAAUGCACACUUUUAUUGCCAGCGUCGGUUGCUAGGGGCGCUUGUUGCUAGGCACCCCGGCGCGCGCUUGGCUUAAAUGUCACUCAAGUCCUGUCUCGCGCGAGAUUGAACCAGGCAUUUCACCUUCUCUUCUCUGGUGCUAAACUUACUGUCAUGGAAGCCAGCAACCAUGAUGGAGGUGAUGACACUGAUGAGCUGCUCUGUACCGAGGUGAUCAGUGAUUUUGGGGUCUGUCCACCUGCUGUCCCUCGAGACCACUGCGAUUUGCUGCUGGACGCCAUCGAUGCUCAGCUCAGUCGCUUACAGACCGGCAGUCAGAGCCAAGCAAAUGGAGGAAACGGAAAGACAGAAAAUGUUCUUGGUUCAGCGUCCCUGGACAGAAGUGCAUCUGUGAGUAAAGACACCGGUCUCGGCACUGAUAAAGCGAGCUCUGCUCCUGACGGUUUGAAUUCAGACCACCCAGAUCUGACCACAGUGGAGGUCAGCAGGAGUGGAAUAGAGAUUGUUGGACUGAAGGAGGAUGAGAGCGAGGAGGAGGAUGUGGGAUUGGGUCCGGAGAGCUCCUGGCACACAGGGGGAGGUGGAGGAGACGGGAACUCCAAGAGAGAACAGUGUCUGUGGAGACUGGAGAGACUGCUGGGAACUGGCACUGGGCAGGUAACAAGGAAGGAGGAGUGUGAUGAAGAAGACAGCGUUAAGACUGAGGAUUUCAGCGCAAGAUUCCUAGAAGAAAUGCUGGAACCCACAAAGCUGAGCACAGCCGGAUCCGCUCCAGAUUCUGAAAGUAUCAGCAGUGACACCACACUCAUCACCGAACCUCAGAUCAGAAGCAGACGGAACACAGACCCGAACCCUAGCGUGAUUUCUUUCAAAUCUCCCAGCAGACAAUUAGCAGGUGUUCCACUGAAAAGUUUCGACUUGGUCGCUAUAGACAGCGAUCUGGACUCUGUGUGUACGGAGCGAGUACGACAACACCUCCAGAGCACACUGACCAAGAGGAUAGCACAGGAUGGAAGCUUACAGAAUGGAUCGUGUGCAGGAAGAACUGGCCUAAAAAACUCACAACGACCCGAAAAACAAAUAGUCAGCUCCGAAGACGAGGUGAACAGUGUGUGUGUAAGGCGCUCCAGGGUUCCGAAGUCUCCAGCCAGCAUCCUGCGAAGAGAGAAAAGGAACCAAAGCAGGAGGAGCAACAUCACCACCACCUCCACCAGCUCUACAGCCUCAACAUCUUGUAAAGGGAAGACUGGUGACAUGAGCCAAUCAGAAUUCAGCUAUGUGGAAUUGUCUCUUGCUGAUCUUCAGCAGCAAAAAGUGGCAGCUGUACAGGGAGUGGAGAGGUUGAGGGAGGAGGUCAAGCAAGCUGAGAAAGACCAACACACACUGCAUCUUGGUCUGACUCACACCAGGACACACACCCAGCUCCUCAGGAGCGAGCUGCACAAACUCCAAGCUCAGAGAGAUUUGUAUAUUCGGGAGGUCAAGGCUCUGCAGGAGAGCCAGGCUGCCCUACAGAGACACAUCACCACAGUUGAUCAUGACACCAGCCCUCACAGGCAUCUGUCUAGCGGCUGUGCAUCCGCGUUGGAGAGGGAGGAAAUGGAUCGGCUUUUGGAUAACGCCAAAUCGGAGCUGUUCUCUGAGCAGCGGCGCUUUAGAAACACGCUGGACUCCAUGCAGGACAAAUUAGAGGAAGUGACCCAGGAGCUGGAGCAGAAGCAGGAAGAGAACAGGAAGCUCCGAGAGAAAUGCUCCCAGCUGGAGGAAAAACUGACCACAGCAACCAAAACUAGACAGGAGCUACAGGAAUCCGUACGGAGCGAGCGAGUGGAGCAGGAAGGUCGGCUCGGGGCUCUCGAGAAGAUCGUUGCACAGAAGGAGCUGCUUCUUCUGGCCACGCAGGAGGAGAAGAACCGGCUGGAGAUGGAGAUCAGGGCUGUCAGAGAGGAGAACCGUGCUAAGCUUACAGCAGCGCUGGCACAUGCUCAGAAACAAAAGGAAGUGGAGGUAGAGCAGCUCAGGACUCAGAUGACUCUGAGCCACGUGGAGGAGUUGCAGCGGGUCCGUAAUCAGGUACAUGAGAUAAAAGAGGCUGCACUCAGAGAGCAAUCCGUCACACACACACGCCACACUGAGUCCCUACACAACCGCAUCCAGAUGAAAGAGGAAGAAGUGAACACACUACAGGAGUGUUUAAAGCAGCAGCAAGAGGAACUCAGGAGGAGAGAAGAGGAGCUGAGAGGAGAAAUUCAAGAGCAGGUGAAGAGGGCAGUGGAGCGAGAGCAGAGGAAGUGGGAGGAGCAGAGGGCGGAGUCUCUCCGAGAGCAGCAGGUCAGACUGGAGAAGCAGGUGCAGGAGGUGGAGAGGAGAGGGAGAGCCGAGGUGGAGAGAGAGAAGAGGAGUGCACUGACCCUGCAGAAUAAAGUGCUGGAGCUACAGAAGAGUGUGGAGGAGUUAAACAGCGCAGCGUCUAAGCAUACAUCUGUGAUCAGAGCUCUGAGAGACGAGCACCAGACAGAGUUAUAUAAAUUGCGCAGACAGCUGCAGCAGGAGGCUGAAAGCGAAGCCUUGCGUCUGAAGGAGUGUGUGAAGCGGAGUAAGCAGGAGCUGCAGGCCGUGAGGGCGGAGAUGGCCGAGUGUGAGCAUCUCCAGCAGAGGGCAGCAACGAGACACGAACAGCAGACCGCCGGCUGGGCUCAGGAUAUACACACCGAGUGUGUGUGUCUGCAGGAGCUGCUCACUCAUAGCGGCUUCAAUGUAGACAACACACAUGUCUCACAUAGUGUUACAGUAAGCGAGGCGGUGCAGGUGCUACAGUCUCUCAGGAAGUCGCUUCAACACCUCAUCACCAGCCUGCAGAAUCACAUCACCUCUCUGACACACACCAAACAACAGCUCAGUACUGCUAAAGAGGAGGAGCUACGAGUACAGAGGGAGCAGCUAACAGCUGAGAAGGAGAGAGCUGUAAAUGCUUUAAGGGAAAAACUCAUACAGGAGCACAUUGAGGAGCUGAGCAGUCUGAACAGGGUGCGUCUGCGUGAGGAUGAUGAGGGUGAAGGCGUGGCUGCGCGUCUGCGCAGGCAGCUGCGGGCUAAAGACGAAGAGCUGCGUCAGGUCCAGAGGAACAUGGCGCAGUGGAAGGAGAAAACCACGGCACGGCUCGCACGCAAGUUUGAACAGGAGCUCACGUCCGAGCUGGAGAGGAAAACCUGCAGACAAAAAUCAGAGCAGCGUCGGAGGCUGGAGCAGCUGGAGGGAGAGAUGAGACACCUGACUGCGAGCUGCAGUGACAUCACAGACGUCCCAGCGUCCUCUGCUUCUUCAGCUCACGUCCCAGGCACAAGAAGUAGCCACGACCUGGACUCGUACAAACUACUGCGCCACCUCCAGAGCCGCAUCCGGCAACUGCAGGCUGACGCACAGACCCACACACACACACCCAGCGGCAUGCGUCUGAACCGUGAGCAAGGAAACGGCGAGCUGGCUGGAUCCUACCUGGAGACAAUUGCUCCAGCACUGGACAGCUGUGUGACACGACAGAGCUCUGAUUUAAGAACAGCCCGGAACCCUAACCUUUGACCUCUGACUAUAUCCUUUUUUGUCAAGCGACAUGCUGAGGACAUUAUAACGGUCAUUUUACAUUUGACUCUUUCAUUUCUGUGUAAAGUUGCUGCUGUAAAUUAAAUUCAUACCCAAGGACUCACACCUGAAAGCACUGGAAUCGCACUGUGGGUCGGUUCGCCUACCGAUAAGAGUCGACUCUUUCGACUCUCUAAAUGACUCGUUGCUGUUUUUUCCCUAAAAUUAUCGUAAAAAAAUUAGAAAGGUCCUACUGUUAUUGCCUGUAUCUACAGUUCAGCAGUUAAAAACAGUGCUUGUAUGUGAGUCAGCUCUCAAACUUCACUUAGAAAAUGAUUCGGUUCAAAGAGUCGACUUGUUACAGAACGACUCAUCGGUACUGUGGGUGCGUCUCAAUCAGCUACCUAGAGCUCAGCCAUUUUAAUGACUGUCUCUCAAUCACAAAAUCCUUCAAGGUUUGCUCCUGAAAAAAAUCCCGCAAUGCACCACAAAAAAAACAGGGAGAUUUACACAGAUUAGGCAUAACAUUAUGACCACCUGCCUAAUAUUGUGCUGGUCCCCCUUUUUGCCGCCAAAACAGCCCUGACCCGUCCUGCACUGUGUAUUCUGACCCCUUUCUAUCAGAACCAGCAUUAACUUCUUCAGCAGUUUGAGCAACAGUAGCUCGUCUGUUGGAUCGGAUCACACGGGCCAGCCUUCUCUCCUCACGUGCAUCAAUGAGCCUUGGCCGCCCAUGACCCUGUCUCUGGUUCACCACUGUUCCUUCCUUAGACCACUUUUGAUAGAUACUGACCACUGCAGACCGGGAACACCCCACAAGAGCUGCAGUUUUGGAGAUGCUCUGAUCCAGUGGUCUAGCCAUCACAAUUUGGCCCUUCGUCAAACUCACUCAAAUCCUUACACUUGUCCAUUUUUCCUGCUUCUAACAUCAACUUUGAGGACAAAAUGUUCACUUGCUGCCUAAUAUAUCCCACCCACUAACAGGUGCCAUGAUGAGGAGAUCAUCAGUCUUAUUCACUUCACCUGUCAGUGCUCAUAAUGUUAUGCCUGAUCGGUGUAUAUGAUGUAUAAAACUUCAAUAUUUGAUAUAUUUGGGUUCCUACAGUCAUCAGUGUCUGAAGUGAGCCAGAGUCCUUACUAGUGCCCCAAUUAAUGUACAUGGUACACUGAUUCACUACCUAGAGAGCUGAUUGAGACGCAGCCUACUUCACUCUCUCCCAUGUCGAAUAGAGAAACUCUCAUGGGCUCAGUUGAUCGCAGUCGUCUCUCAGGUACGUUGAUGAGAGCAGUUAGCGUCUGCUCUAAAGGUCUAUAACACUGGAGGAUGUUAGUCCUGGUUGGUAAUCUCACUGGUUAAUAGCUGUCAUGUGAUCGAGAUCUGGCUUACGAGUGUGAAUUGGUGAAGAUUAAUUCGGGACAAGAUGGAGUAGAAAUGACCAAAUAUCUGAAUAAAAUAUAUUAUGAUGAAUAAAACAUUAAUGAUCUAAAUUUCUCUGAGGCAUAAAAGUUCCAGUAAUAACACAAUUUCCAUCGAUGUACUGUA